GGCCGGAAGUGCUGGAUUUUAGCGACUUUGGGUGUGGAAGGGUGGUGUUAGCGGCAGGUAGGGCUGCGAGGAGGGACACCGAAGCGCUCAGAUUUUCACGAUUGUGCAGGGAUCUAACCACCACCAUGUCGAGCAAAAGGGCAAAGACCAAGACCACCAAGAAGCGCCCCCAGCGCGCAACGUCCAAUGUGUUUGCCAUGUUUGAUCAAUCACAGAUUCAGGAGUUUAAAGAGGCCUUCAACAUGAUUGAUCAGAACAGAGAUGGUUUCAUUGACAAGGAAGAUUUACAUGAUAUGCUUGCCUCACUUGGGAAAAAUCCAACUGAUGAGUAUCUAGACGCCAUGAUGAAUGAGGCUCCAGGUCCCAUAAAUUUCACCAUGUUCCUCACAAUGUUUGGUGAGAAAUUAAAUGGCACAGAUCCAGAGGACGUCAUCAGAAAUGCUUUUGCUUGCUUUGAUGAAGAAGCAACUGGCACCAUUCAGGAAGACUACCUGAGAGAGCUGCUGACAACAAUGGGAGAUCGGUUUACAGACGAGGAAGUGGAUGAGCUGUACAGAGAGGCACCUAUUGACAAAAAGGGAAAUUUCAAUUACAUUGAGUUCACACGCAUCCUUAAACAUGGAGCAAAAGACAAAGAUGACUGAAAGAACACCAUAUUCCGGCCAAAUGUUCCUUGUUACCAUUUUGGGUAUUUCUGAGACUUUCUCUUAAAGCCUAUAGUAUGCCUUAGCUUUACAGUUCUAGCCUUUCUUGUGGUAUUUAUUCUCAGCCAUUUUGGGCACAUGCAUCUCUGUAAUCAGACUGGAAAUGGGACUUUUUGUCAUUUUCAGAAUAGAAAAAAGGGUAAUUUAACUUACUGGCUCCCCUUAUAACUAUAGUCUACACAGAGUCAAUAUAUUUUUUCAGAGAAAGUUAUUCACUCAAUUUUUUUCUGAACCAUAAUUAAACUUUUAUGAUAAAAACUUA